UAUUCGUGGCGAAUGCUUUGGAUUUGUCGAGAUUUAAGCGACGGAAUUGUCUCGGCUCGGCGCAAACGGGAGAUGCACUGAGACCCAGCAUCAUUGUUUCUGUUGCAUGGGCCGUAAUGCGGGUUUUCAGUCGGGGCAGCUAGCAGCUAACUAGCUAGCUCAUGGCAGCCCCGAUUGUUAUAAACACAGCUGCUUUAACGCGCACAUCUUUAUUUAGUUCGGUCACUGGAACUGGAGUCCACAUGUACCGCAGUCGCCGAGGAAUGUUUUGCUAGCUAAAAGCACUGGAUGUUCUUCCCCUUCAUUCCUGUUUAGAUUUAUUGCCCUCCUUCUUACCUGCACAAAGCAAAACCACCACCAUGAGUAUUAUCCAAGACAAAUUGGGCAAUGAGUUUUUGCGUAACGGUGGCAUGGACCCCAAUUUUGCACCAGGUAUGCUUAUGUUCAGCCACCUGCCACCUGUCACCAGCUUCACACGGCUGGCCUCCCAGUCCGUUAUGGGCGAGCUGCCCCAGGAGAUGAUCCUGAAGAAAGAACGUGACUCGCCCCCAGAACACCAGGGCGUCACUGGUGGGAACACAGGGGGCUUCCUCCAAAGCAUGGGCAUUAAGCAGGAGCGGCUAAGCGAGCUGGAUUACCGUAUGCCCCUGUAUGGUGGGGGUGGAGGAGUAGGGGUGAACUGUGCUGGAGGGGGCGCGGGGAAGAGUGGUACCGACAUGCCGGACAUGUCUUUCGGCAACCACCACCAAAAUCACCAGAAUAUGCUUCUGCAUGAUCUCAGCCUCGGCAACGUUCGUUCCCUUGGAGAACCGGUGCCUGGAAGACCGGGCAAAGAGCCAAAAGAGUCCUCGGGUAGAAGAGGGCGAAGGAGCAAUGGGGAUGGGCAGGGAGGUAAAGCACGAAGGAAACGCAACGAUGCUGCAAAGGCCAUGAUGUUGGAUGCAGAUGGAGCCUGCCUGUCCCCCAGCUCAAAACCACAUAUCUGUGAGCACUGUAAUGCUGCCUUCCGCAGCUCCUACCACUUGCGCAGACAUGUGCUCAUACACACAGAUCGCACAGGUGAGAGGCCUUUCCGGUGCAGCCAGUGUAACAUGAGCUUCAUUCAGAAAUACCUGCUCCAGCGGCACGAGAAGAUCCACAGUGGAGAGAAGCCUUUCAGCUGUGACCAGUGUAACAUGCGUUUUAUCCAGAAGUACCACAUGGAACGACACAAAAGGACACACAGUGGCGAGAAGCCCUAUCGCUGCGAUACCUGCCAACAAUUUUUCUCAAGAACAGACCGGUUACUGAAGCACAAACGGACUUGUGGAGAAGCCAUAAAGAAGGGCCUGGACCCAAGCAUGCUGGAGCUCAGCGACGCAGAGCUAGGCCAUGGCAGCUAUUCACUCACUCAGGGAAACUCUACCACCUCCGGACGCAAGAGGGCCAAGUCCAAAAACGGCGAGGGUGGCGAGCGCAAGAGGAAGAAGAAUGCCUCUGCAUCAGCAGCCUCGUCCUCUGGGGGGAUGGCCCGUGACCUGGACCUGCAGGACUUCAGCAUGGAGCACCCCUCAGGUUCUAGCCCCGCCAUGCAGGGACGUGCUCCCAAAUUGGUCUUUAAAAAAGCUGGCCGCAAAGGUCUGGACAAGGGCCUCCUCUCUCUGGAAGAUGGUGCUGAUGGACAAAAACAUUUGGGCCAGAAGCCUGGUUCCAUGGAUCAUGUGGAGGAUUCUGGCCUUGAUAACAUGGGUCUACUCCAUGGAGCCGGGGGCAACAAGCAGGGGCCCACCACCAGCAGCAACUACGAUGAUGCAAUGCAGUUUGUGAAAAAGCGGCGCUACCUCCACGCAGUUAACAAUGACUAUGGAGCCGGCUCACUGCAUAUGGCACCCCAAGGCAGUAGUGUAAUCCAGGGCUCCAUGGGGCCUGAGCCCACACUGGCUAUGCUGGACUCGUCUCCUUUGGAGCUCAAGCAUGACAAGUCAGGCAUUCCAGAUGAGGUACUACAAAGCCUGCUAGACCAUUAUAGCCAUAAGCCAGAGGGUGGACACCACCAUGACGUGACAUUCGACCUGUCAGACCACCCACACCACGUGGACCUCCAGCCGGCAGCCCCUGUUACCCCUGAGCUGGAGGAUGACUCGCCCAACGGUGGUGACAAGACGGCCGUGAUGAGCGAAUACUCCAAGUUCCUCCUGCAGGCCCUGGAGCGCACCAGCCAUAGUGGUCCCUUCCCCAGCCUUGGCCCAACAGGGCCUUUUCCACUCCUGUCCAGCAGCUCCAGUCCCACGGGGCCCCUGUUCUCCGACAAGCACGUGUACUCCACAUCCCCGCUGGAUUGUGGCUAUCCGCCUGCUGUCUCCUCCCCACUGCCCAUCGUUGCCCCUUCAUCAACCACCUCCUCGUCCUCCUCCAAGUCCCACUAUGGCAUGCUCGUCGGCUCCCCCUCCCAGGCAGGCUACCACCUCAGCUUGGAACCUACAAGCCACCAGCAGUUGACUCCGUCUCAGGAGCUGACCGAGCAGUUGGAGAAGCAGCACUCCCCCGGCACCUUCAACCUACCUCCCCAGGACCUCACUGCCCCGGGAGAGGGCUCCAAGGGGCAGCAGCCCAAGCCUGGAGGGGGAGCUGCACCCACCAACGGCUCCAGCUACCCAGACCUGUCCCCACUGAACCCCCCUAAAGAAACCACGUAUCAGAUCGAGAACUUCGCCCAAGCCUUUGGCUCCCAGUUCAAGUCAGGACGGCGGACCCCUCUGGGCUAUGGCAGUGAUCCUGGGGCAGAGGUCGACCACCGAAUACGGACUCCAGUGUCAGAAUUCUCAGGGUAUACCAGUUUGUUAGCUGACGUCAGUGAGCCAGUGAGUACAGGAUCAAAAACCCCGACAAGCCAAAGUUUCAGAUAAGGGUCAAACGAGGUGAAUCCAGUAGGGGGCUGUUCUGUUGCUGUCCAUGCGGUCCCCAUACCCAUCCUAAUUUUGUUCUUGUAGCAAAGUUUGUUUUUUAAACACUGCCAUUAAAUGUUAAUACAGAAACGACCAGGGAGGGUCUUCAUGGCCUCAAAUGCAAUUUUUUUAAAAAUAUUCUCAUUUUUAUUAUGUAUUUAGCCGCUCAAGUUUUGUUUAAGAGUAGUGAUUUUGAUAUGAACGUACCGUAGAUUUAAAUGUAAUUUAAAACAUUUAGAGGGUAGCUAUAAACUUGCUUGAUUUUAUUUUUUUAUUUUUUUUUCUGAACCCUUGUGUUUUACCAAUCAUCAUACCAUUGUAAAGUAAUAAUGAACUGUGUUGAUAAUUACAAUAAUAACAUUUGUGGCAGGGAAAGGCCCAGAAUUCAAAUGGCAAAAAAAAUAUAUUGUCUGUUACAAGAAACGUAUUAACUCAGGAAAAUAGGCAAAAUUGUGUAAUAAGACUUUGUAUUAUGAGAUGCAAUUAGCACAGUUUUUACAGGUGUACUUUGAGACUACAAUGCUUUUGAUUUUGUGUUUUUUAUUUUCUUUUUAAACUGGUCAGAACAACAAAUUACAAUACAUUAUCAUGUUUGGUUUCUGCUGCGUGUAGCUUUGUUGAGAUUAUGGUACUGUUGCGUCAAUGUGAAGCCAUCCACAUUUCUUUCGAGAGCCACACAAGAUAGUAUAAAUGGUAGUGGAGUUCAGCCCACAGUGCGCACACGCCAUCUUCUGAAGUGAAGAGGAUGUUUGAACAUAACCGCCUGUUGUUUUGUCGAUGAAGCCUGUCUAACCAUGCACUCCUCUGGUUUGUGCCCGCCAGUAGAAAAGAUGCAGUUCAGACAAAAUCUAACCCACUGCUGUUACAGCAGUCUCAAAAUGCAAUGAACAUCAAUCUGUGAUCUUUUCCUCAUGCUGUUGCUGAAGUGAUUUUUUAUUUUUUAUUUUUAAACUAGUCACCACUUUUUUACUCCACUCCUUGCUGUUCCUUUUUGUGUUCGGUGGAAAUCAAACAAGCACUUUUUAAAAAUAA